AUGCAUCGUGCAUGCACAUCAUGCAGAUCCGAAGUUGAAGAAAAAACGUUUCUCUAUAAAUACGAAUGGUUUAGUUCGGUUGGAAACCAGACAGCAAUGCAGCAAGAAAAGUUCCACUUGAAGACAGAAGUGAAAAGCAUUGGUAGCUCAACAUCCAUAGCAGUGCACGAGAACAAAAACUUGGAGUACAUUAGGAAUUUCGAUCUUAAUGCACACCCGGAAGAUGUCACAAUCAAGCAGGUAACGAGAAAAUUGGACAAGAUGCUAAUCUUACCUAUGUUGCUUGUGUAUACUCUCCAAUUUCUUGACAAGGUCACAUUGAACUACUCUAACGUCAUGGGAAUGCCAAAGGACUUGAAGUUUGAGGGAAACCAGUUUUCCGAUCUCGCAACAUACUUCUUCGUGGCCUACAUUGUCGGGGAGUUUUUCCAGGCAUUUCUCUUGCAGAAGUUCCCUGUUCAUCUUGUUUUGGGAUGCAAUGUUGUGGUGUGGGGCAUUUCUACAAUGUGCAGCGCAGCAGUGAAGAACUAUCAUGGUAUGCUUGCGUUAAGAGUCAUUUUGGGAUUCGCCGAAGCGGCCGUUAUUCCGUGUCUUGUGCUCAUAACCACAAACUUUUACGAUAAGGCCCAAGGUGCAUUUCGAAUUGGAAUUUUCUACUCUGGCUUGGGGUUGGGCCAGAUUAUUGGAGGAUUGUUAUCUUUUCUUUUCCAGUUGGUGGAAAGCAGCUUCGAAGGGUGGAAAAUCUUGUUUUUGGUGGUGGGUUUUGUGAAUAUAUCAUGCGGCUUGUAUGUGGUAUUUUUCAUUCCUCCAGAGCCCUUGGCAGCAAAGCAGCUCACACCAAAAGAGAAAUACGUUCUCUUGGAGAAAUUGACAGAGGGAAAAGUUGGCGUGAACAGCUACAAGUUCCAGCCUCGGCAAGUUUUGGAGAUGAUCAUCGAUCCUCAAUGCUGGCUCUACUUGAUUAUCUCGGCAACCAUAUCUUUUUCAUCAAACACAAUUUCUUCGUUUUCGUCUAAGGACAUUAUGUCGUUCGGCUUCACUUCCAAGCAGGCUGCUUUGCUCAAUAUGCCUUCUGGUGUUGUCAGCAUCGUGUCAUCUUGUCUAUCCACAUAUUUCAUUAUGAAGGGAGUUACAAGAUACCUUGCAAUUUGUGUUCUUCUAAUUCCAGCAAUCAUCGGAGCUGCGCUAAUGUCCUAUCUUCCCAAAUCCAACAAGGCUGGUCUUUUGAUUGGUAUCUAUAUGAUCAAUUGCAUUACUGCUCCACUUGCAAUUGUUUAUUCUUGGGCAGCAGCAAACGUGGCAGGUUCCACAAAGAAGAUUGGUGUCACUUCCCUUUACAUAAGCAUUGGCUUUGCUAUUGGAAACAUCACCGGUCCCCAGUCCUAUCGGGUCAAAGAUGCACCAUACUUCCAGCCGGCAAAGAUUUCCAUGUUGGCUACGCAGGCGGCUAGUUUUGGUUUGGCCUUGGUCAUUGCUGGCAUCUACUAUCUCAGAAACAAAGCCAGACAGGGACAAAUUUCCACUGACUUCAGUGAAGACAAGGAAGCUCUGGACGUCUGGAAUGACAUGACUGAUCUCCAGAACAAAGCUUUUAUUUAUUCGUACUAG